AUAUUAACCAAUCAAAUAAAAAGUCAUCAUAUUAACCAAUCAAAUCCAUGCAACACAUCACAAACGACAAAAAACCUCAAAGAUAAAAGUGGCAUCAAUCUCUUUGCAAACAUUUCAAACACCUUGAUUUCUCUUCAACCCCUUUCUAGCAACCCUUUUAUCCCUUCAUAUUUUUCCAAGAAAAAUAGCCAAGAAAAUUAUUAUUUUAUAGUAUCUUAUUUUUUUUUCUUUACUUUUUAGUUUAAUGGAAAGUAGAACUUGCUCUGAACUCCCACCUGGAUUUAGGUUUCAUCCAACUGAUGAAGAAUUAAUUGUUUACUACCUUUGUAACCAAGCAACAUCACAACCAUGUCCUGCAUCUAUCAUUCCAGAAGUUGAUAUCUAUAAAUUUGAUCCAUGGGAAUUACCAGAUAAAUCAGAUUUUGGAGAAAAUGAAUGGUAUUUUUUUAGUCCAAGAGAGAGAAAAUAUCCAAAUGGGGUUAGACCAAACAGAGCAACUGUUUCUGGGUAUUGGAAAGCAACUGGAACAGAUAAAUCAAUAUUUAGUGGUUCUAACCAUAUUGGGGUUAAGAAAGCUUUGGUUUUUUACAAAGGUAGACCACCAAAGGGAAUAAAAACAGAUUGGAUUAUGCAUGAAUAUAGGUUAAUUGGAUCAAGAAAACAAUCCAAUAGACAAAUUGGAUCCAUGAGGCUAGAUGAUUGGGUGUUAUGUAGAAUCUAUAAGAAGAAAAACAUCACAAAAUCAUUGGAGACAAAUGAGGACUACACAACAAACCAAAUGAAUAUGACACAAACAAAUGAUGAUAGUGAACAAGAAUUGGUGAAAUUUCCAAGGACAUGUUCUCUUACUAAUCUUUUGGAAAUGGAUUAUUUGGGACCAAUAUCACAAAUAUUAUCAGAUGGAUCAUAUAAUUCAACUUUUGAAUUUCAAAUUAAUACUGCACAUGGUGGAUUAAUGGACCCAUUUGUAAAAUCACAAAUGGUUGAAAUGCCUAAAAACAACCCUUAUGAAGGUGAUUUAGAGAAAUACCAUGUGAAACAAAAUAGCAGCCUUGGGAACCAAGUAUUUUAUCAAAGGGAAUAGCAACAAAAAAGUAUAGAAAAUGACAUUAAUGGAUUAUUUAGGUGUGACGAUAAGCAUCACCAAUAUGAUAAUCUUGAAGAUUCUUUGUACAAAUAUAUAUAUUACAUCACCCCAUGAAUGAAUUUUCAGUUAUAUUCAAACUGAUAGGCCCCUCAGAAUAUUAGUGAUACAUUUUUAUAAUACUUUUUUUUUUUUGUUUUAUUGGCUAAUAUUUUAUAAAGGCUUGGACAUAAAAAAAUGUAUUAAUAAUAACAAGUAAGAUAUUUAGGGUUGUAAAUCAAUGUUAUGCCGACAUCAAAUAUAAAUCUAAUAUUAUUUUUCUAGAU